UAAACACUCUCCCUGUAAACUAUACUGUGGCUCGAUGGCUGGUGCAGUAAAUAGUUAUUUUACCAAAAACGUCACUUUGCUGAGGUUUGACGAUUGUCAAAGGAGUAAUGGAAACAUACUUAUACCCACCACUAUUACUCUGGCAAGAAUAAGAAAAACAGCACAGUAUCAACCAAAUGUCCAGUUUUCUAUAAACAUGUCUGAGCAGACUGUGAAACAAACACUUGAGGCUGCGUUUCCAGACUUUGACUUGAAUAUAGGGUUCUCAUGUGCAGGAAUCAAUAGUCAACGAAACACAUUUAAUUUGGAUGGAAACAGUCGUAUCUGGGAUGGAUUGACGAUCAGAAGGAAUCUAAAAGGCAAUUCAGCUCUCUACAUCGUUAUGGAUGAACCUCCACCUCCUCCAGCUGACGCUGUGGAGUGGUUACGUAAUAAUCUUUACUAUGAAGCUACAAUAAAACCAGCGCAAAGUCCAAUGCAGGGUGGGGAUCCUUUCAAGGUUACUUUUGUUCCAGUUCUUCAGGAAACGGUCACCUUAGGGUCUGCUAUAUUCAAAAAAAAUAACCAUAGUUUCGCCUCAGUUGAGCUGGAAAGAUCCGCAAAGUUUGGUUACCUACACGGAUCCAGCAUUCCAGCUGCACAAGAACCUGGUUGGGCCGAUGUAGAAAUUGAAUCAGAUCGAGGGAUUCUACUGGGGAGAACAAGAAUCUUUUAUUAUCCAGACGAGAGGCAGGUAGUUGUGAUGGUCCAACAACCAAGCGUGUUCAGAAAUUUUUGUGAAAAUAUGAACAGGAACUCUCAUGGUACAUAUAACAGCAGUACUGGUAGACCACAGACUUCUGCAGCUUUUGGACACGAACAGCAAGUUCAGUUAUUAUGCCUCCUGGUUUACACGGCUGCAAAAGAGGGAGCACAGCACUUUGUUGAGACGAUCUUUACCUGUUCGGUUGGAAGAAUGGUGUUUGAUGCUUACAAGAGUAAUUCGCAAUUGCCAGAGGUCAUCGCUAGGGAAAAUGGCAAACUGGAGACUGCCCGUUACCUUGAGAACAUAACAUAUAGACUGUUGACAGAAUCAAGCGCUAGCAAUGAAUGCCUAAAGGUGGUUGAUUGGUCAGAACUAGCAAAAGCUACUAACAGGGCGCAACAGCAACUUGACUUACGCAACGAAAUAAAGAGAAACCUGAUUAUUAAGACUUCCGACGACACAAACAACUCAAGAACUGUUGAAACAUCUAGCAAAGUAUCAGUCUCUAAAAGCUUGGAAUCCAAGGAAGCUACCAGAACAGAAUUUAAAGCACAAGAAGACAUCCAGGCUACAUUGGGUCCCACUGAGAAAAAAUGGGACAGAAUCGUGGACAAUCCGGAAGAUUUGAACAGUUUGUCAAUAGAUCUCUCUGAACUGGAAAUGGAACAGGUUGGGGAUGUUUUAGCAGAACUUCAAGUAAGGAUGAUAAAAAUUUUUUCGAAACUUAUUGAAACCGCCGAGAGUUUCCAUGCAGCAGCUGAUAAACUUGAUGAAGUUUGGAAGGACUGCAAGGCGGUACGUUUUGUAGGUACUAGUUCAAUACUAGGAGGAUUGGUAAUGCUCGGUGGUGGAAUCGCUUCACUCAUGACUGCGGGAGCCGCCACGGCCUUUAUAGCAGCAGGAAUUGGUUUCUAUGUUGGUGGGACAAUCGUCAAAGGCGGGGCACAUUUCUACGAGGAGGUUAAAAAUUCAAUUGAAAUCACAAAGGCCGAAGAUCUCUUGCAAAAGCUUUUAGUUGGCAUCUAUGAAGUGGAUGCGAUUGCCUUGAGCAAGUUAGGUACAUUAGAGGAAAAUAACCUAUGGUACCUUCGCUAUCUCGCUGAAACCCAAGGUCUGAAUGACCCCAUAAAAAAUAUCCUUGCUGAACUAGCCGCGUUGAGAAGAAAGCAAGCCAUUUAUACAAAGGACUUUGCGCGAACAGGUACAAAAACACGUUCCAAAUCAAGUUUUGAGGCCUGUUCUUCUAAACUCAAGUCUUUAGAUGAAGUCCUUCUCAACUCGAAUGUUUCAACGAUAAUAUGGGACACUGAGAAACUAGGCCUCACGAUCAAAGAUGUCAUCGAAAACAAGGGAUCUGAAGCGGCUAAAAUUCUACGAAAAAAAGCCAAUGAACUCGAGAAAUUGGCUGUAUUGAGUGAGGAGAUAACGACUGCUCAAAAAUCUGCGAGCCUUGGAACCUUUAGAAGAGAGACAAAUCCUUGCCUUAAUCUCAUGAUUUAAACGCUGAACGCAGUUAUUUGAUAUGCUUUACAGACUAGCCGAAUUUAGAAGAAAGCAAGCUAUGGAUGCAAAGGACUUUGUGUGAACAGGUAUAAAUGCACGCUCCAAAUCAGGUUUGACGUUUGUUCUCUUAAAUGCAAGUCUUCGGAUGAAUUCCUUCCCAAGGUGAAUGUUUCAACGAUAUAUAGGACACUGAGAGCCUGGGAUGUCAUCGAAACCUGAGAUGUCAUCCAAAACAAGGGAUCUGAAGCUGCUAAAAAAUUCUUCGAAAAAAAGCCGAUGAACUCGAGAAAUUGGCUUUAUCGAAUAAGAAAAUGACGAAAACCCUUAAAUCUGGGGGCUCUGGAACCUUUAGAUGAGAGACAAACCCUUGCCGUAAUUAAAUGAUUAUUGCAUGAUUUAACGCUGAACGCCACUGUUUCGUUAGUUUGUUUAAAAGAAUACAAUCAAUCAAUAAAUUAAUCAAACUUUACUUUAAGAGGGUGACACUUAAUAGUUAAAAACUAAUGAACUUGUAGCCCUCUUUAAACAUCGUUACAAUUAAAAAAACCUAUUAUAAUUAAUAACCUAAUUAAGAAUUUAAUUAAAAACUCAUUAAAAAUCACAAUGUACAGCAAAUCAAGAUCUAAAAGUUAAAGGUAAAACAUAUUGCUCAUAUCAUGCGAUCUAAGAAUAAAUUAUCUAAAAAGGAUUAAACAUCUUAUCCCUAAGCUGACUUUAUUCAAAAUGUUUUUACAAAGCAUUCUUCAAAGUAUUUACAGCUCUAAAUUGGCUCAAUGUGAACGAUAGACUGCUUACAAACGACUUAUUAAUGGUCCAUAAGUGUAUUCAUGACCAGAUACCCAGCUAUCUUACUGGAAAACUUAUUCAGCGUUCGAAGAUUCACGACAGAAACACUAGAUACAGUGGUGAAUUAGACCUCCCAAUUUGUAGAUUAAAAACAGGGCAACGAUCAUUUGCUUUUCGGGGUGCAAAGCUGUAUAAUAACCUUCCAAACGAGAUUAAGAAAACCUCUGACGUAAAAAAAAUUAAGGCUAAAGUCUAUAAUUAUUUUUUAAAUCUGUAAUUUUUAAUUUUAGCAUAUUAUGAUAUAUUCAUGUAAUUAGUUGUUAGCAUUGACGGCGGAAGAGCCCUAGACAGGGAACUGUUCAAAUAAAGUAUGGGAGGUGUUCAAAUAAAGUAUGUAUGUAUGUAUGUAUGUAUGUAUGUAUGUAUGUAGGUAUGUAUGUAUGUAUGUACAGGUUGAGAAGAACGUAGCUUAAGUUAGAGGCGAUUCCAACAUCUUGAGGUUGUUGGAGAAAACGUGCGGCCUUCCUCUUUCUCUCUAAUGUAUCUCCUGAGUAAAAUGGUUAAAUUAGCACCUAGUGUAUUUCUGCUGUGCUGGCUGUUGUUUAGUUCUAACAGUUCGUUUAAAUAGGCAGGGCAAGUACCCAUAAUCCUCUUGUAAGCCAUUAAGCAUCUUAAUAAUAAUAAUAAUAAUUAUAAUAAUAAUAAUAAUAAUAAUAAUAACAAUGAUGAUGGUUUAUCAAGAGAUCCACUAGCUGGCCCUUCCCUGUUAAAAUACAUCAAUUACAACUAAAAUAAAUCAAAUUAAGUUAUUCGCAAAUUACUCAAUAUGCAAUUAAAAGUAGAAGUAGGAUUAAUAGAAUAGAAAUUACAGUAAAACUGACUAAUCACUCUGUAAUCACUCUAUAACAUAAAAAACUCCUUGAAAGUCUUGAAAAGGUUCUGUAAUCUUUACAGUUUAUAAUAGAUUCUGGUAGAAUGUUAAAUAGUUUCGACGCGUUAUCUUAGAAAGUGCUCUUUUCGGUCGGGACCACCAAUCUAAUUGAACAUCUUGAGCGCAAUUCCUUGCGGCAUUCCUGUUUUACUAUUUUAAGAUAGUCUGGCCAAGUCUCAGUGUUAUGCAAAGCUUUAAAGCAUAAUUCCAGGAGGCUCAAAUCUCUUCUCUCAAUGAUUGGAAGCCAUCCGAUUUUAAAUACAUCCCGAAAGUUGUUAACAUAGUGACCAAGGACAAAACUUGUAGCUGCAAAUUAUAGCGGCACAGUAAGAAUUGUGGUAAAGGGUGAAAAACCCGAUCGGCAUAAUCUAUUCAGUUUUGAAAAAAAUCAAUGUUUCUGUCAGUUGCUCUCUAAGCUCAUAUUUGGCAAGGUAUUUCAAUUUUCUUAGUAUCGAUAGAGUGGUGUUGCAUCUAGAUACCGUGUGUUUGAUGCGAUCGUCCCACUUAAGAUGGCAUUGAUGUGAACUCCAAGUAGUUUGCAAGAUAAAAUACCUUCUAGUUUGUAACCACUGAUUACGACAUACUCGUCAAGGUGAUGUACUCUGCGGGACAUUUGCGGGAUGGAUAGGAUCAUAACCUUGGUUUUGUCGUUGUUAAAGGCAAGGGUACUUUGCUUAGAGCAGGGACUUAGUUUAUUAAUUAAUUUCUACACUUAUUUUGGUCAGAUGUUUUAGGAUGAUCGUAGAUUAUUGUGUCGUCCGCAUACUGGAAGCAUUUCACAUUUACGUUCUCUUGAAGAUCAGCAACAUAAAUACAUCUUUUGAUGUCAGACUCGAUGUUAUAUUGCACCCACCCUAGAAUACUAAAUAUCUUAUUUAUAUCAUCACGACUAGCAGCUUGUCUGUGUUACACCACAAUAUAAUAUCAGUGGCUUAAUUAAAGCAUUAUAAUAAAGUGUACGCUCUGCUCUAAGUAA